AAAUUUACCCUCCCUUCUCAAUGUGGAAACACUAGCAGCGGCCACGUUUCGACAAUCUUGUUAGUUCUUCGCACAUCAGUCAUUUUAUAACAUCUUAUUCUUUUGCCGGAUUUUCACAGAGAAAAUAUUUUAAAAAUGAGUGCUCCAGCACCCGCGCCUGCUUAUAAAAUAGGAAUCGUGAAGCAGGUACUAUCAGGGGAUACGAUUGUGAUCAGGCGGCAACCGCAGGGCGGGCCGCCUCCAGAGAAAGUCAUCGCGUUGUCUGGCAUCACCGCGCCUAAGUUAGCACGCCAGAAAACACCGAAUAAUGAUACGGAGUCGAAGGACGAGCCCUUUGCCUGGGAGGCUCGUGAGUAUCUCAGGAAACUAGUUGGUCGUGAGGUCAUCUUUACUGCUGAUAAACCUCCCAACUCAGCCACCAGGGAAUAUGGGUGUGUGUGGACAGGCAAAGAUCCUAUCAAGGAUGAUAACGUAAUUGAAGUCCUUCUUACUGAAGGCUUGGCUAAGGUUAGAGAUGGAGGUAGAAAUAUACCUCAAUUGAAAAGGCUUGUUGAGCUUGAAGAUGUGGCAAAGUCUCAAGGUAAAGGCAUCUGGGGUCCUGAUUUGCAGGACCAUGUUCGAGAAAUCAAGACUUGGACAGACAGUCCAAAGGCUCUGGUAGCCAAGUUCAAUGGUAAACCGGUCAAAGCCAUCAUUGAAUAUGUACGUGAUGGGUCCACAGUAAGGCUCUGCCUACUGCCUGAUUUCUACCAGAUUACACUGAUGCUGUCGGGAAUUCGAUGCCCCGCAGUGAGGCAAGAUGGUGAAUCUGAGCCCUAUGCAGAAGAAGCGCGUUUCUUUUUAGAGUCUAAACUUCUUCAAAGAGAUGUAGAAGUUGUACUUGAAUCUGUAAACAACAACAACUACGUGGGUACCAUCUUACACCCACAAGGAAACAUUGCUGAAGCUCUCUUGCGACAGGGCUUUGCCAGAUGUGUCGACUGGUCUCUUGCAGUUAUGAAAUCAGGCGCAUCGUCUUUACGAAGUGCAGAGAAAGCUGCCAAGGAAGCUAGGAUCCGAAUUUGGACUAACUAUGUGAGCAAUGCUCCAAUUAUAGCAGCUAAGGACAAGGAAUUCACAGCAACAGUAAUGGAAGUUGUGAACGGAGAUGCUCUUGUUGUGAAAAUGCCUAACAACACCCAGAAAAAAAUAUUCCUGGCCAGCAUCCGACCACCACGUGAAAAAAACAACCCUGAUGAGGAAGGCAAAAACUCUCCAAGACCAAAAGGCUUCAAACCCUUGUAUGAUAUACCAUGGAUGUAUGAAGCUCGUGAAUUUCUACGAAAGAAGGUGAUUGGCAAGAGAGUUAACGUGACUGUUGACUAUAUCCAGCCCGCUAAGGACAAUUUCCCAGAGAAAAGUUGCUGUACUGUUGUUGCAGGAGGAGUGAAUUUGGCUGAGGCAUUGGUUUCAAAGGGGUAUGCCACCGUUGUUCGAUACAGAAAUGAUAAUGAUCAGCGCAGCUCCCAUUAUGACAAACUCUUAGAAGCUGAGCUGAAGGCCCAGAAAGCUGGUAUUGGCGUUCACGCUAAAAAAGAUAUCCCUACUCAUCGUAUCCAAGAUACGAGUGGAGACUCUGCCAAAUCCAAAAAGUUUUUCCCAUUCCUUAAGAGAGCUCAGAAAACCGAGGCAACGGUAGAGUUUGUCGCCAGUGGAUCUCGAAUGAGGAUAUACAUUCCCAAAGAAUCUGUCCUAGUGACAUUCCUGCUCGCUGGCAUCAACUGCCCUAGGGGAUCACGCCCUGCCAUAGGAGGAGGUGGCAUGCAGAGCGCCGAGCCUUUCGGUGAAGAAGCUUUGCAGUUCACCAAGGAAAAAUGCCUGCAACGUGAUGUUGUUGUCACUAUUGAAGAAAUGGAUAAGGCAGGCAAUUUCAUUGGUUGGUUAUGGAAUGAUAAUGAGAACUUAUCAGUGGCUUUAGUGGAGCAUGGGCUGGCUACAAUGCACCACACUGCAGAAACAUCGGAAUUUGCUCGACAAAUUAAAACUGCUGAAGAAAACGCAAUGAAACGGCGUAUUGGAUUAUGGAGGGAUUAUGUAGAAGUUGAAAAAGAAACUGAAAAGGAAAGAAAUGCUCCAAUUCAAGAUCGUACUGUGAAGUAUGAGAAAGUUGUUGUUACUGAGGUAACAGAAGAAGGCAAUUUUUAUGCACAAAAUGUUGACUUGGGCAGUAAGCUCGAAAAUUUAAUGGAUAGAAUUCAUCAGGAAUUCAAAAACAAUGCCCCCCUUCCUGGAUCAUACGUCCCCAGAAGAGGCCAUAUUUGCGCUGCUCGUUACACUUCAGAUGAAAAUUGGUAUAGGGCCAAGGUUGAAAGGAUCACUGAAGAUAAAAUGGUUCAUAUUUACUACAUUGACUACGGAAACCGUGAGAUUGUGCCCGCUGCGCGCCUGGCUCCACUACCACCAGGCACUGAGCUGGAACCAGCUUAUGCCAGUGAGUUCACACUGUGUUGCGUGAAGUUCCCAGCGGACCCUGAAGAUCGAUCUGAAGCAGUUGCAGUUUUCUCUUCGGAUACGCUGAACAGGAAACUGCUUCUUAACGUGGAGACUCGUGGCUCCCCACCUUGCGUCACUCUCGUUGAUCCUAACACCAACGUAGACAUCGGAAAGAAUUUGAUCAAAGAGGGAUUGGUGCUGAUGGAACCACUGCGCGACCACCGCCUGAUGGGAUUGGUGGCUGAGUACCGCGCCGCGCAGGAGCACGCCAAGUGCUCGCGCCUCAACUUGUGGCGACACGGAGACAUCACUGACGAUGAUGCCGUUGAAUUUGGUGCGCGUCGCUAGCGGGAAGUUACCGACUCGCCACAGCACGUGCUAAACUGUGUUAUGUGCACAGCUUUACACAUCCAGUAUAUCUUAUACAGCAUCAUUCAACCGUUUCUGUGAACGAGUUCAACAUUAACCGAUUUCUAAUACGUAAUUCUGUCUUUCUGGUCUUCCUUGUGUCCUUAUUUCCUUAGGAAAUCAAAACCACUACUUUUAGAAAUCGUGAUGUUAAUACAAAAUUUGAAUAAAUUGUAUACUUUGUGUAAUGAGAUGUGAGCGGUGUGUAUGUGGGGAGUAUAAUGAACAUUACUAUGAACACUAUUCCGUAACAUUAUGAUACUCGUGGCAUUAUAUGCCUCUAAAUUUGUAUCUGCAUAUAUGUACUUUUAAUGAAACAUUAAUUAUUAUCAGGAUUAAGCAACAUUUAAUAAAUGUACUAAUGUAAUUGUAUAAUUAUAAACAUAAUACCUUUCAUUGUGGUGAAUGCAAAUUGUUGAUUUAUUUACAUUUUUUACAGUUUUGUAUAUCAGAAAAAUACAUUAUAUUUCGUUGUUAAUUUCAUUAUUUAUUUUUACACGAAGAAUAUUAUUCAUUAAUAAUCUGACCCUGUGCUUUUUAUCAUUGUUAUUUUCCGUACCUAUCUCUUCUUUACAUUUUAAUCUGUAUUUUUGAGUUGCAAAAGCAUUUGAGCAUGACUGUGUAUCUGACAUUCGUCAAAGUGUAGCUAGUGAUGAAUUUAAUAAGAAUUAUGAAUGUUCGAAAACAGAUUUGUUAUCUUUAUUUAAUGGAUAAUAUUGUACGAGUGGUAUUUCGAAAAACUUUUAGCUUCGUAUUUCGUGCUUAUAAGAAUACAUAUUGUAUGGACCUACCUCUCUCCUCGAGAUGUCAUUGUUUUUAGAACUUUACAUGCAUUCAUAUUCAUAACAAUACAUGGAAUGUUAAACUUCGUAUAUUAAAUAAAUAUUUUAGGAAUUAA